AUGGCUAGCGUUGACUAUCAAAGUAGCUUCAUCUUAAUCCUCAUAUUGUCCUUUCUCUUUGUCUACUACUUCAAGAAACCAAAGAAUGUCUCUAAUCUACCUCCGAGCCCUCCUUCUCUUCCCUUCAUCGGCCAUCUUCACCUUCUCUUCUCUUGUUCAAUCCACAAAUCUUUCCAAAAAGUCUCAUCCAAGUACGGACCUCUCCUCCAUCUCCGCAACUUCAACGUCCCAGUCGUUCUCGUCUCUUCUGCCUCAGUGGUCUACGAGAUCUUCAAGGACCACGACAUGAACGUCUCCUCUCAUGGUGCUAUUGGCAAUGAUGACUGCAUCGUGUUCGGAUCUUCUGGUUUUAUCCAAGCACCCUAUGGAGACUACUGGAAGUUCAUGAAGAAGAUCAUCAUCACUAAUAUGCUUGGACCCCAGGCUCUAGAGCGGUUACGAGGCGUCCGUGCAGUUGAGGUAGAGCGGUUUUACAGAAAUCUGCUUGAUAAGGCGAUGAACAAACAGAGCGUGGAGAUUGGUGAGGAAGCGAUGAGACUCGAUAACAGUAUCCUCGGCACGAUGAGCAUGGGAAGGGGUUUUUCCAAGGAGAACAAUGAGGCUAAAGUCUCCAAGUUUACCGUCGAGUUUGCUUCCUUGGCUCAAAAGAUUUUCUUGGCACAAAUUCUGCGUAAGCCGCUUGAGAAGAUCGGGAUCUCACCAUUCAAAAAGGAGAUAAUGGAUGCUUCAUACAGAUUUGAGGAGCUCCUGGAAAGGAUUAUUGUGAAAUGCGAAGAGCGAGUUUACGAGGAUCAAGGUCCUGAAGUUAUGGAGACAUUGCUGGCAGCUUAUCGAGGGGACAAUGCCGAGUAUAAGAUCACAAGGAACCAAAUAAAGGCGUUAUUAGCGGAGCUUUUCUUUGGAGGAGGUGAUACCUCUUCAACAACAACACGGUGGGCAAUGGCAGAACUCAUCAACAACCCUAAGGUCCUUGAGAGACUGAGAGAAGAAAUUGAUUCCAUGAUAGGGGAAACAAGGUUAAUCCAGGAAACUGAUCUACCAAAACUCCUUUAUCUGCAAGCGGUCAUCAAGGAAUCUCUAAGAUUGCAUCCGCCAGGGGUUCUCUUGCCGAGGGAAUUUGAACAUGGAUGUAAUAUAAGAGGGUUCUACAUACCUAAGGGCACAAAACUUGUUAUUAAUGCUUAUGCUAUGAUGAGAAAUCCUAAUUCUUGGAAAGAUUCUGAUGAAUUUAAGCCAGAGAGGUUUCUGGGGAAAGAGGAAGAGAAAAGAGAGAAACUACUGAAUUUCCUCCCUUUUGGCUUCGGAAGGAGAGCAUGUCCAGGAUCAAAUCUAGGUUAUAUCUUAGUGGGAACCGCAAUUGGAGUGAUGGUGCAGUGCUUUGACUGGGAUAUCGGAGGAGAAAAGGUUAACAUGGAAGAGGCUUCUAGAAGAGCUUUCUUGGCUAUGGCGCAUCCUCUUAAAUGCACUCCUCUUCCUCGAAUCCUGAACCCUUUACCCUCCCUUUAG